AUGCCACUUUCUUUGCCCUGUGUUUUUCCGUUGCUUUCUUUUCUCUCUGCCUCUUAUGAUUCUUGUCUUCUUUCUUUAUUACAUGUUUGUUUUCUUUCUUUCUUUUUCUUUCUUUUCUUUCUUUCUUUUCUCUCUCUCUCUUUUCCUCCUCUAUUUCAUUUAUUUUUCUUUCUUUCUUUCUUUCUUUCUUUCUUUCUUUCUUUCUUUCUCUUUCUCUUUCAUACAUUCUUUCUUUCUUUCUUUCUUUCUUUCUUUUUCUCUCUCUUUCUUUUUUCCUUAUUUCAUUUAUUUGUCUUUCUUUCUUUCUUUCUUUCUUUCUUUCUUUCUUUCUCUCUCUCCUUUUCCUCAUAUUUCAUUUAUUUGUCUUUCUUUCUUUCUUUCUUUCUUUCUUUCUUUCUUUCUUUCUUUCUCUCUCUCCUUUUCCUCAUAUUUCAUUCUUUUGUCUUUAUGUCUUUAUUUCUUUCUUUCUUUCUUUCUUUCUUUCUUUCUCUUUUUCCUCAUAUUUUAUUCUUUUGUCUGUCUUUCUUUCUUUCUUUCUUUCUUUCUUUUGCCUCAUAUUUCAUUCUUUCUUUCUUUCUUUCUUUCUUUCUUUCUUUCUCUCUCCUUUUCCUCAUGUUUCAUUCUUUUGUCUUUCUUUCUUUCUCUCUCUCUCCUUUUCCUCAAAUUUCAUUCUUUUGUCUUUCUUUCUUUCUUUCUUUCUCUCUCUCUCUCCUUUUCCUCAUAUUUCAUUCUUUUGUCUUUCUUUCUUUCUUUCUUUCUUUCUUUCUCUCUCUCUCUCACUCUCUCUCUCUCCUUUUCCUCAUAUUUUAUUAUUUUGUCUUUCUUUCAUUCUUUCUUUCUUUCUUUCUCUCUCUCUCUCUCUCUCUCCUUUUUCCUCGUAUUUCAUUCUUUUGUCUUUCUUUCUUUCUUUCUCUCUGUUUUUCCUCGUAUUUCAUUCUUUUCUUUUUCUUCUUUCUUUCUUUCUUUCAUGAUUGUUUUCUUUCUCACUCAAUUUUUUUCUCAUAUUUCAUUUUUCUUUCUAUCUUUCUUUCUUUCUUUCGUUUUUGCUUUCUUUCUCAUUCACUUUGUUUUCCUCGUAUUUCAUUCUUUUCUUUUUCUUAUUGUUUUCUCUCUUUCUUGAUUAUGUUCUGUCUCUCUCUCUCUCUCUCUCUCUCUCUCUCUGUUGCCCUCAUUUUUCUUUCUUUUUUUUCUUUCUCUCUUUCUUUCUUUCUUGAAUGUUUUCUUUCUCUCUCUCUGUUUAUCCUCGUAUUUCAUUCUUUUCUUUCUUUCAUGAUUGUUUUUCUCUCUCUUUUUCCUCGUCUUUCAUUCUUUCUUUUUCUUUCUUUCUUUCUUUAUUUCAUGAUUGUUCUCUCACUCUAUCUCUCUCUCUCUUUGCUUUUCUCUCUUUCUUUCUCUCUCUUUCCUCGUCUUUCAUUUUCCUUUUUCGUUCUUUCUUUGUUUCUUUCUUUCGAGAUUGCUCUCUCUCUCUCACUCUUUCGUCGUCUUUCAUAUUCCUUUUUGUUUGUUUGUUUCUUUCUUUCUUUUCUUUCUUUCUUUCCUUCUUUCUUCUCUUCCUCUUUCGUUUUUCUUUCCUUUUUUGUUUGUUUGUUUGUUUCUUUUUUCUUUUCUUUCUUUUCUUUCCCUUCUUUCUUUCCUUCUUUUUUCCUUUUUUCUUUCUUUCUGAGAUCUCUCUCUCUCGUCGUCUUUCAUUCCUUUUUGUUUAUUUGUUUCUUUCUUUUCUUUCUUUCUUUCCUUCUUUCUUUUUUCUUUGUUUCUUUCUUUCUUUCUUUCUUUCUUUCUUUCGUUUGCUCUCUCUCUUCUUUCUUUCCUUCGUCUUUCAUUUCCUUUUUCUUUUGUUUUCUUUUUGUGAUUCUUUCUUUCACUUUUCUUCGUCUUUCAUAUUCCUUUAUGUUUGUUUGUUUCUUUCUUUGUUUCUUUCUUUCUUUCUUUUCUUUCUUUCCUUCAUUCUUUCCUUUGUUUCUUUCCUUUCUUUCUUUCUUUGUUUCUUUUCUUUCUUUCUUUCAUGAUAGUUCUCUCUCUCUCUCUCUUUCGUUGUCUUUCAUAUUUCUUUUUCUUUCUUUCAUGAUUGUUUUUCUUUCUCUCUCUUCGUCUUUCAUUCUUUUCUUUAUCUUUCUUUAUUCGUUCAUUUCGUUUUUUAUUUCAUAA